AUGGCUCGAAUGUAUCUAACGUCAGCUAAAAUCAGUCUCCUCGCCUUGAUUUGUGUUUACACCGAGGCUGUUGUCCCUGCUGAAGCUACAAUACCGAUUUUGUCGUUCCUUUUAUCUCAGGUAUUAUUAAGAACCACCACAGAGGUAGAGUCUGCCGAUGAUGGCGACAGCAAUACCUGCAUUCCCGGCAUCAUUGUGCUUCAGCGAGAGACAAUUGCUCAAGCUUCGGGUAUCCCAGGGCGUACGAUCUGGGACUUGUUGCUGAAUCGCCUUUGGGAGAUAGACUCAUUGGACGCUCUGCACGUCUAUUUUGAAAAUCUAUCGUUUCUGCUGAAGGACGAAUCCGAGAAAGUGGAGUAUGGUCACGGACUUGAUCCUGUGGCACAUCGGAUGCGGCUCGCCAAGACCUCUCCGUUAGGGAUGUAUGUACGCAAAAAUCGCCUUGAGUUUUCAAGGUUACAUUUUCACGACAGUCUCAAAUUGUGGCAAGCUUUUGUUGCGUACAGAUUACCCAGUUUUUCGCAGUGGAAGAAGAGAAACCCCAAUUCUCGCUACUCGGGCUUUGACAUAAACCUAGAUAACGCACAAGCCGCCAGUGACACUCGCUUAACGCCACACACCUUUGUCUACUUGAACGGUGUGGAUGGGUCCAUCUGUGAAUACAGCACUGAGGACAUGGCAAAGCUCGUGGAGUUUCAAAUCAAUAAGAUCCAGAGUUCGCUCCCGAACAUCUUGACUUGGCCUGCUAAAUGGGACAGGUUUCUAGAAGCUUGGAAGACUGGAGAUUACUCCUCCUCUUUCGACCAUCUCCACCGCUACUUUGAUUACACAAUGCACAACCGAGAUCAAGUUUUCUACCAAUAUGCUCUACUCAAUCUAGCAGCGUUACACGCGGACUUUGGAGCUCUCGAGGAAGCGAUAGUAGCCAUGCAUGAAACAGUCUCGACUGCUAGAGCGCACCACGAUCUUGUGUGUCUUAAUUAUAGCUUGAGCUGGCUAUACCAUUUCGGUAAAGCUCAUACUAAAGCGAUUGAAAAAGUAGAGCCAAGGGGCGGAACGGGCAUGGACAGGGAAGCACUUACGUUUCUAAAAGCCAAAGCAAAGGAAUCGAAUAUGUGGUGCGUAUUCACCACCGCAGUACUCGCAGAAGCCAAGCUGGCACUCAGCAAUCCAGGGACUACCGAGUACAGUUGGUCCUCAGAUAUUAAUGCAUUCUGCUAUCUUCGGCCGACUCACCACGAUCUCGAUGCCGCAGAUCAGAUACUGAAUCAGCUCUUCGCGUUGAAGGCUCUCGGGCAUGAAGUAUUCUUUGGCAUUGCAUUGCUAGAAAUUGAGUUGCAAGUUCAGCGACAAGAUUUUUCCAGUGCCCUAGGCCUCUUAGAGCAAUUGGCAAAACAUCUUGAAGAUAGCACUUUCGACAUGAGCCAGCGAAUUUCCUUGAUGUGUGUUAAAGCACGCAUCCUCGAACACGCAGGGACACCGCAAAAGGGAUUGUCUGUUGCUCUGCGAGCUGCCACUUUUGCACAACAGGCCAUGAUCCUGCCCGUCUUAUGGGAGGCCGUUGGCGCCAUCUGCGCUAUUUUGCACAGCGUAGGGGUUUUCGAAGAAUCUGUUGGAUUAUUGGAGAGCAUCAUGCCGCAAGUACUAGAGAGCGAAAAUUGCGAUUUAAGUGGUCGAUCUUUCUCAUUGCUUGCAGACGCACAUGUUGGUCUCGCUGGAAGGGUCACAGAUUCCACAAAAAUCCGCAAGGAGCAGCUUUCGAGAGGACUGGAAAAUUUAGACAGAGCAUUUGACGAGUAUUCGAAAGUCAAUGACGUGAAAAUGCAGUGUAGACUGCUAGCGAAGAAGGCUACUAUCAUGAACUUCAACGAGGACCCCAUGUUGGCGAAUGAUUGCGCGUCGCAGUAUCUUGCUAUCAAAAAGGGAGCCAAGAAUCAAAGCUACGUAUAG